CACAUAAAGUCUUGCAUUGAAGCUCACGAGAAGGACAUGGAGCUUUCCUUUGCCGUCCAGCGCAGCAAAGACAUGGUGUGCGGGAUCUGCAUGGAGGUGGUGUACGAGAAAGCCAAUCCCAGCGAGCGCCGCUUCGGGAUCCUCUCCAACUGCAGCCACACCUACUGUCUCAAGUGCAUCCGCAAGUGGAGGAGUGCUAAACAAUUUGAGAGCAAGAUUAUAAAGUCCUGCCCAGAAUGCCGGAUCACAUCUAACUUUGUCAUUCCAAGUGAGUACUGGGUGGAGGAGAAGGAAGAGAAGCAGAAACUCAUUCAGAAAUACAAGGAGGCAAUGAGCAACAAGCCAUGCAGGUAUUUCGAUGAAGGCCGUGGGAGCUGUCCAUUUGGAGGGAACUGUUUUUACAAGCAUGAAUAUCCUGAUGGCCGCCAAGAGGAGCCACAAAGACCCAAAGUAGGAACCUCAAGUAGAUACCGGGCCCAGCGGAGGAAUCGGUUCUGGGAGUUCAUCGAGGAGCGGGAGAACGGGGAUCCCUUUGAAACCGACGAGGACGAGGUGGUGACCUUCGAGCUCGGUGAGAUGCUGCUCAUGCUGUUGGCGGCCGGAGGUGAUGAUGAGCUAACAGAUUCCGAGGAUGAGUGGGACUUAUUUCAUGAUGACCUGGAAGAUUACUAUGAUUUGGAUCUAUAGCACCUGUCAGUGGAGUGUGGACUGUUGUCUUGGCUUCAGGCAGUAGCUAUUACCUGUGGUGUUGUGGCAGUGCCUGUGUUUCUCCUAGGCAGGCCGAUCAAUUCCAGGUGCUGUUGUAAUAACUUUUACCCAGGGUCUGUCUCUUCCCUUCCCCUCUUCUCCCACCCCAGGAGUGUUGUUUUUCCUCUGUUUCAACAAAUAACAAGAAAUAAAUCUUUAAAAUGUUAGUUUUUGUAAAAAUGAAUUUAACUGUCAAACAGUUAGCUUAGGUUUGUUGCUUCAUCUGUGUACCCAACAGAGUUCACCCAGUUCCAGGGUUAAAGUGUUUACAGGACUCCCACACUCAUUUUGAAGAGCCCAGAUACAAAAAUGAGCAGUGGCCAUGCAGUGGGGAUGUUAAUUGGCUGAUGGCCUUUAUUCUGUCUUUGUACCAAUAUUUCUGAUUUCAGGCCAGAUACAAAUAUUCUUUCUGGAAUCAGCUCCGUUCCAGCCCCCUCAUGUACACGUCUUCAUUUGUGACUUUUGGUCUCUGUUUACUUGCACAUUACUAUUACUACUGUGUAACCAGAACCAGGUGUGAACGUUCUGGAUUUUUACUGUGUUUAGCAUGAAAGGAAAAUGUCUUUGUGAAAGGAGAACUCUCUAUGUGUAUAUACAGAUAAAUGUAGAGUUGGACCUCAAGGAUGGGGAGACUCUGUGUAAGUUAAAAAUAACAAAACCAUCUUUCACCCCCUCUUGGUGCAUGAAGUCUUGCCUCCAAUUGGACAUGAAACUGGUCUAGUGGUCUCAGCCCAGACUGGGAAAUGAUCCUGACUAUCGCCUCACUUGAUAGAUGGCACUCCCUAAUACACCAGCUCUCUUUCAUGUGUAUGAUUAGGGUUGUCCAGGAGCAGAAAUCCGGUUAGCCAAGGUGGGGUCAGAGGAACACCAGAGAGGACCCUUUAGCUUUAUCGCUCUGUAAGUUUUAGAACUUCAUGUAAACACUUAAGCCGUGAGCUUUGCUAGAAACUGGCUGUGCCUCCCAGCUGCUCUGAGGUACUUGUUCCUCUCUGCAGCUGAGUUGGGCAGGUUGCCUGGUAAAGCUGUUCAGUUUAUGUGAGUUACUGCUUACAAAGGCAGUCGUGCAGUUUCUGGCUGUAAUUUGCAUUGAGAAAUUACUUUGCCACCAAAGCCCCAGCACAGGAAUUUUAACCUUGCAUUACAUUAUUGCUGUUUUUUAUUGACUUGUGGAUGCCCCGUGAUCUGUUCUCCUGCUGCUCUUGUCCCCUAGACUGCCUCUCCUUUCACUUUUAAAUGGAAUGAGAAAUUGUUCUGAGGUCUAUAACGUAUUGUUUUGCAGCUGCCUUUUGUAAGAAGCACUUUUCCCAAAUAAAAAAAGAAAAAAAAAAUUAAACAAGAA